AUUAAAUGCUGCACACCGCAGAGCUUGCCACAAGACCAGCCCUCUCGCAUUCAGCUUUGUGUAUUAUCCAUUGCAGUGCCGCCUCAAUAUUAUUCCAAUCGCCCUCCUCCGUUAUCGCCGCAAAUUAUGGCCGCCUUGUAAACUCGAUCCGUGACCUUCCCCGUCGAUGUGUCGAGCACUCUGGUCCUUCGCACGCCACCCCCUGCCCCCAUAUAGGCACAACUCGUUGCAUCUCUUGUCCUCGAGAGUCUCCGCGACUCGCCGGGGCAGCUCACGAUGGAAGAACAGGUAGCAAAUGCCAUCGAGAUCGCCUCCAACCCUACCUCGGACCAAUCUUUGAAAACACAAGCCUUCGAAUACCUGAACCAGCUCCGCUCCGACCCCUCGGGAUGGCAGGUCUGUCUGGCAAUCUUCACCAAAACACCGCGACACUCGGAGAUUGUUCGUCAUGUCGCAUUGGAAGUUGUCAACAGUGCCGCCCAGGCGGGGAUUAUUGAUCUCCAAGGCUUGCAGUAUAUCAAGGAUGGGUUGAUGGAGUACUUGCGGCAGGUCUACGGAAGUCAAGGUGCAGCAUCAGAUGGUCCCGCCAUUCAGAACAAAAUCGCCCAGACCGUUACCUAUUUGUUUUCUGCACUUUACGGCAAUGGCUGGGAAAGCUUCUUCGACGACCUCCUCAGUCUGACGACCAGUAAUCCGGCCGCAAAUCUUCGGGACAACUCGCUUGGAAUAAUAUUCUACCUCCGAGUCACCAACUCUAUUCAUGACGAAAUAGGCGAUGUGCUAGUUUCACGAUCACGCGUGGAACAAGAAAAGGCAAACGCUUUGAAGGAUCUCAUUCGUCAAAGGGACAUGCAAAAAAUAGUUACCUCCUGGCAGGAGUUUCUGUCUCAAUGGCAAGACGGCAACGACCAGAUUGUUGAAAUGUCCCUGAAAGCCAUCGGUAGCUGGGUCAGCUGGAUCGACAUCGGCCUCAUCGUUAAUCAGACAAUGCUCGAUCUUCUCUUUCAACAACUAUCUCGUGCUCAAAAGUCUGAUCUUCGGGACGGCGAGGAUAAACUGAGGGAUGCAGCUAUCGAUGUGUUUACAGAGAUUGUGGGCAAGAAGAUGAAACCAGAGGACAAAAUCGACAUGAUCAUAUUUCUCAACCUCGAUGGUAUCGUCACUCAGCUCUCCAAUAGCGAACCGCUCCGUGGAAAUCGAUUUACUUCCAAAUAUGACACCGAUCUUGCCGAAACCGUUGCGAAACUUGUUAAUAUUGUUGUUCUCGAUAUUGUUCGUGCAAUGGAUAACGACACAAUCGACGUUGCAACGAAGGAAAAGGCGACCAAUUUGCUCAAAAUUUUCUUGAUCCAUGUUCUUCGAUUUUUUUCGGAUGACUAUGAUGAAAUUUGUUCAACAAUCAUCCCAUGCGUCAUGGACCUUUUGUCUCACGUUAGAAAGGUCUCCAAGCAAAGCCUUGGAAUGAGAGAGCAACAUGCUCCCAUGUUGCUCCCUAUUCUAAAAGCUACCAUUGCAAAAAUGCGAUACGACGAAACUUCAUCAUGGGGCGAUGAAGAUGAACAGACGGAAGAGGCCGAGUUCCAAGAGCUGCGCAAGAGACUGAAUGUCCUACAGCAAAACAUUGCCGCUGCUCACGAGGAACUCUAUAUCAAUGCUCUUUCCGAGGUGGUUGGGAAGACAUUUGAAGACCUUCGUCAAUCAGGCGGCCAGCUGGAUUGGCGUGAUCUUGAUUUGGCUUUGCAAGAGAUGUAUUUGAUCGGCGAUCUUGCUGUCAAGGUUGGCGGACUCUACAAUAAGAAUAAACCUAACAGCCCCGCAGCGGAGAGACUCGUUGAAAUGAUGAAACUGAUGGUUGAGUCUGACAUCAGAUACUUCACUCAUCCUGUGACUCAGCUACAAUUUAUGGAAAACUGUGUACGGUACAGCACUUUCUUCGAACAUCACGCACAUCUCAUCCCCGGUGUUCUGGAAAGCUUUCUCCAAUUUGCACAUCACUCUAUUAAACGAGUGAGAACUCGGUCUUGGUACCUCUUCUUCCGUUUGGUAAAGAGUGUCCGUUCUCACAUCGGAAAUGUCGCCCAGACGGUAAUCGAGGCUUUAAGCGACCUGCUAGUCGUUCAAGCAGAGCUGCCGUCCGAAAAUGACGAUAGGGAUGACAUGUCUUCAUCAGGCCAUGAAUUAACAUACGAUGCCAUUUUCUCGAACCAAUUAUACCUUUUUGAAGCCGUUGGAUCGCUGUGUUCCACUCCAGGUAUCCCUGCGGAUAAACAGGUCAUUUACGCGCAGUCUGUCAUGAAUCCUCUAUUCGUGGAUAUGGAAAGACAUCUGGUCACUGCUAAGUCUGGAGAUGAGCGGGCCUUACUACAGAUACAUCAUGAUAUCAUGGCUCUUGGAACACUUGCUCGAGGCUUCUCGGAAUGGACCCCAGGAAUCACGAGCGCUGGAAAGCCACCCACAGACGAAAUUUCAGAGGCUUUCAAUCGAGUUGCCGAAGCCACGCUGGUUACCCUUGAAUCUCUCAAGACAUCUUUCAGUGUUAGAACUGCUGCGAGGUUUACGUUUUCUCGCCUCAUUGGAAUUGUCGGCCUGAGACUCCUCCCACAACUACCUAGGUGGAUAGAUGGGCUAUUAACAGAGACAUCUUCUAAAGACGAAAUGGCCCUAUUUUUGCGACUGCUGGAUCAAAUAAUCUUCGGCUUUAAGACUGAAAUAUACAGUAUUCUGGAUACUCUCCUCACACCAUUCCUCCAACGUGUUUUUGCUGGUAUCACGGACACAACAACAGGCACAGACGACGAAAUUCAACUUGCGGAAUUGAAACGCGAGUAUCUUAGCUUCUUGUUGGCCCUUUUGCAAAAUGACCUUGGUUCUGUCAUUGUUAGCCAAUCCAAUCAAUCUAUAUUCGACUCGGUCAUAUCUACCAUUGAACAUUUCAUUAGAGAUGUAGAUGACUUCACAACCGCGAAAAUGGCAUUCAGCGUACUAUCAAAGAUGGCAGUCUCUUGGGGGGGAUCUGAGACAACUCAAAAUGGUGUCACCGCAUCUCAGGGUGCGAUACCUGGAUUCAAUCAGUUCAUGUUCACUCGAUUUUCGCCACUGUGUUGGGUUCUCCCAAGCUCUAGUGGCUUCAACCCUAAAGAUGCACAAGCGAGGCAAGUAUUGGGCGAAGCUGGUGCAUUACAGCAGACAAUUUACUCAAAGGCCGGCACUGAGUAUACGGAUUACCUUCGGGGCCAAGAGCUUCCUGGGGUGGGUAUGGGACCGGAGCUAGUUGAAGAAUAUAUCAAUGCUUUGACCCAGUUGGAUGUAAAGGGGUUCCGAGCAUUUUUCCUGUCUUUUAUUCAGCGGUUCAGCUCAUAAUACCCAUUUUCUUACUCGCCGUUUUCUGUAUAAUCCAUGAAAGACCUCUUUACUUGAUUAUAUCCCACGCUCAAUACCUUGAAGAAAUUUGAAACCUCACCCUAAGAGCGGUU